AUGUCGCCAACCCUCGUCGUCGACGUCGGCGCAUGGUCUCUCAAGGCUGGAUACGCCUCGUCCGAUAACAAUGGCACCUGUCAUGUUGCGCCAAACUGCAUCGCCAAAUCGCGCGACAACAAGACUUAUGUUGGCUCGCAACUGUCGCAAUGCACCGAUUAUGGUGACAUGACCUUUCGCCGUCCAGUCCAGAAGGGUUAUAUUGUCAACUGGCCUGCCGAAGUCGCCGUGCUGGAUAACGAGCUCCAAUACCUUCAGUGCGACUCGAACGACACCAACCUGAUCAUCACCGAACAGCCCAAUGCGCCCUUGCAACUCACUCAAAAUCUGGAUCAGAUGGUCUUUGAGCAUUUCGACUUUGCUGCCGUGUAUCGAACCAUUGGCCCCUCGUUGAAUGCCUACAACGACACCCGUUCUCUGUUCGGCGACCCUGCUCUUGCAGACCCAUCACAAAUCCAGCCUGCCGAUGCCCUUCUCGUUGUAGACAGCGGUCACAGUCACACCACCAUCACCCCUUUACUACAAGGCCGACCCAUUCACCCUGCUGUGCGCCGCUUAGAUGUGGGAGGUAAACACCUAAACAACUACCUCGCCGAACUCAUCUCCCUCCGCCAUUUUUCCCUCAUCGACGAACCACACAUCGUCUCCCAGAUAAAAGAAGACGCCUGCUACCUCUCCACAGACUUCUCUCAAGAACUGGAUGCUGCGAGGAACAAGGACCCUAGCAUUGUAAUAGACUAUGUCCUGCCUGACUACGAACGCCAUCAUCGCGGUUUCAUCCGCCCACAUGAUGCUUCACAUAAAGCCAAGAUGGAACGCCUGGGUGUAAGGCAACCAGAUGACCCCCUCAGUGUCCGAGAAGAAGUCUUUCCUCUGGCAAACGAACGUUUCGUUGUCCCUGAAAUGCUGUUUACACCUUCGGAUAUCGCUAUGCCACAGUCUGGUAUCGCAGAGACUAUACUCCAGAGUCUACAGUGUUUGCCUGAACUGCUAUGGCAGCCUAUGCUUGCCAACAUUUUGCUAGUGGGAGGAAACACUCUCAUCCCUGGCUUUGUGCAAAGAGUGGAAACAGGUGUGAGGAUGCUGGCACCCGAAGAUAUGCUUGUCCGUGUACGGAGAGCUGAAGAUCCCAUAACAUCAACCUGGCAAGGAGGCUGCCGCAUGGCAAACGACCAAGACCUCCUCAAAAACAUCCUGAUCACCAGACAAGAAUACCAAGAACACGGUCCCAACUGGGUGACCCGACAAUUCGCAACAAAAAGACCCACAAACGCAACAGAAUAA